ACCAGCAUCAAGGACCUGCCAGUGUGAGAAACUUCCUGUCACAAGGCCAUCCCCACGGGGUCACCUGCCCCUGGGUUGCCAGUCAUGAGCAUGCAGGAAACCCUAACAACAGCGUCAACCGCGCCUCAAGCUGCAGGCCAACCCUCGAGCUUAGGCUCGAAGUUCACAAAGAGCUCCCCCGCCGCCUGGAAGUCCAGGGGCCCAAAUCAGGGGCCCAAUGUGCGUCUGAUGCGCAGGAUCAUCGCCGAGGAUGCUGAGUGGUCACUGGCCAUCGUCCCCCUGCUCACAGAUCUCUGCAUUCGACACAUUGUCAAGAACUUCCGGAACAACCCGAUCCUGACGCAGCUGCUCCCCGAGCACCAGCAGAAGGUCCUGCGCCAGCUGCCCCCGGACCUGCCGCUGGCCGUGACCGCCAACCUGAUCGACGACGAGAACUACUGGCACCGCUGCUGCGAGCAGCGCUGGCCCGUGUGCCACCUGGACUGCCACGGCGGCAGCUGGAAACGCCUGUUCUUCGAGCGGCACCUGGAGAACCUGAUCAAGCACUUCAUCCCGGACUCCACGGACCCCGCCGUGAUCCUGGGCCUGCUGCCGCUCUGCAGGAACUACGUGCGCAGGAUCCGCGUGGACCAGUUCCUCCCGCCCGUGCAGCUGCGGCCCCCGCCGCACAGCGGGGACCAGUCGGACUCGGGCAGCGAGGGAGAGAUGGAGGAGCCCUCCAUGGACCACUACCAGCUGGGCGAGCUGGUGGCGGGCCUGAGCCAGCUGGAGGAGCUGGACCUGGUGUACGGCAUCAAGGACUGUGGCAUGAACUUUGAGUGGAACCUCUUUCUCUUCACUUACCGUGACUGCCAAUCGCUGGCGGCGACCAUUAAGGCCUGCCACACCCUGAAGGUGUUUAGGCUGACCCGAAGCAAGGUGGAUGACAACAAGGCACGCAUCCUAAUUCGCAGCCUCCUGGACCACCCGGCCCUUGAGAAGCUGGACCUGUCACACAACUGCAUCGGGGACCGUGGCGCACGUGCGGCCGCCAAGCUGCUGAGCCACAGCCGCCUGCGUGUGCUCAACCUGGCCAACAACCAGGUGCGUGCGCCUGGCGCCCAGUCGCUGGCUCACGCCCUGGCACACAACACCAACCUCCUCUCCCUCAACCUGCGCCUCAACUGCAUUGAGGAUGAGGGCGGCCAGGCACUCGCCCACGCCUUGCAGACCAAUAAGUGCCUCACCACGCUGCACCUUGGUGGGAACGAGCUGUCGGAGCCUACGGCCACACUCCUUUCCCAGGUGCUCUCCGUCAACACCACACUCACCAAAAUCAACCUGUCCUGCAACCACAUAGGACCGGACGGCGGGAAGCAGCUCCUGGAAGGCAUGUCAGACAACAAGACGCUCCUGGAGUUUGACCUGCGCCUGUCCGAUGUAGCCCAGGAGAGCGAAUACCUCAUUGGCCAGGCCCUCUGUGCCAACCGCGAAGAAGCCCGCCAGCGGGGCGUGAAUCCCAGCCACUUCUCGGCACCACUCACUGCCAAGGGCCCCGAGAACCCUGUGGGAUAGGAGAGGGGCCAGGGCUGGGGCAGUAACCACCCUGGGCCACUGCCCUACCCCCACCCCCCAGGGCAUGGCCCCUCGUGCCUGCUGCAGAGUGUCACACUGGAACACGGGGAGUGGGGGAGACCACGAAGAUCCUGGAGGUGGGAUCAAAGGUUGAGUGCAUGUAUACAUAAUGUUUCCUGUUAGGAUUAUGAUUGCCAGGAUGUAAGUUCCCCAUUCUAUAUAGAAUAAUAAAA